AUGUCACGACCGAAAGCCCAUGGUGUGGUCGAUGAGACCUUUCCAUUUAUUUUUAGCCAGCAUAAAAAACCCAUUCACAAUUAUAAAACUUAUAUUCCAAAUCCAACCGAUGUUCCUCCAACCUACCAUGAAUCACAAACUGAACAAUCCCUUAACCGAAAAACUCUAAAAAUUCCAAUCGUUAUAAUUAUUUCUAUCCUCUUGGCUUCGAUAAUUUUAUUUUUUAAUUAUUAUACAGAUUAUGACGAUGUUACGAGAAUCCCUAAAAGUUACCAAUUGUGCAGAGAUAAUUACGAUAGUUUUGAUUACAAUAUCGAAUCUUCUUUUUUUGCUUCAAAAAGCAAUGAACUAACUGCGACUCAAGAUAUAAAGAUUGUUAAUGAUGGUAACUUAUCCUCAUCAAACAUUACCUACCCACAUAAGACUCGUGCAAUUAUUAAUCAAAUUGAUAAACGGCUUGGAGAAUAUCAAGUUCAAGAAUUUUUUUAUAAAAACGAUAGUAUAGCUUUUUAUAAUUCACCAAUAACAUCAGUUUCUUACAUUGAAAGCACUUGGCCUAUAAUAGUUGAAAUUUCCUUUACGACAAAAAAAAGUCUUGAAAAAGCAGCUAUAGAAGCUUGUAAUUUUAGGAUUAUUUUUGAUAAAAAAGGUUUCUUUAAAGAUUUUGAUGGGUACAUUGAACGAAAAUGCAAUAGAGCUUGGGAACAUUCUUUUUAUUUGGUCUCUCAGGUUGAAGGAAAUACUGAUUCGGGUUUGAAAUUUUUCCAUGGUAAAGAUGUAUUUGCGACAAUUUCUAACAAACUACUCAAUAGAGAAUUAAGAGAUGUUCUGGUGCAUGAUAGAACUCCAUUUCCAUCACUUAUUCCUACUUUAUACGCUAUUUAUUAUGACUAUUUUAAGAUGAAACGUCAUGCACGCGACAUAACAAGAAUUCCUAAUAAUUAUCAAUUGCUAAGAGAUGAAUGGAAUACAUAUAAUUACAUAAUUCAAUCGACAUCAUUAAUUUCUUCUAAUGAAAUUAAUAGCACUAUUCAAAACUUACCCUCUAUUAGAGCUACUAUAAAAGCAAUUGAGUAUCCAUCAGGAAAAUAUUAUGUCCAAGAAUUUUUUUAUGAAUCUUACAUCAAGGAUUAUUCAUCUAUAACAACGAACUCCGUAAUUCAAUACAAAUGGCCUGCAAUUGUAGAAAUUUAUUUCACCAGUUCAGUUGAUCUUUUAGACCCAUAUUCUUUAGAAAUUUGUAAUUUCAAAUUUGCUUUUUUUAAAGAAGGCUAUGAUAAAGAAAUUGAAGGUCAGGUAGAACGUAGAUGUCCUAGAGCUUUCGAAUCUAGCUUUUAUCUGGUUUCAAAUGUUGAAGGAAAUAGUGAUUUAGGAUUUAAGUUUUCCAAUAAUGGAAGCGAAUUUGCAACUAUUUCACCAAAAUCACCAUACAAAGAAAAAAGGCGACAACUUCUUGUACGAUUGGAUGUUGUAGUUGAAGAUGAACCACCAUUUCCAUCGCUUAUUCCUACUUUGUACGCUAUUUAUUAUGAUUACUUCAAGAUGAAACGUCAAGCGCGAGAUAUAACUAGAAUCCCUAAUAAUUAUCAACUGAUGAGAGAUAAAUUGCAUAUAAAUAAUUAUGUAAUUCAAUCAGAUUCAUUCAUUUCUCCUUAUAAUACGCCAGAUGACCCUUCGACCACUACUAGGGCUAUAAUAAAUGCAAUUAAAUAUCCAUCAGGAAAAUAUUCUGUUCGAGAAUAUUUUUAUGAAGUUGGUGCUAAAGAUUAUUCACAUACAUUAAUAACAACAAACUCAAAAAUUCAAGAUCAAUGGCCUGCAAUUGUAGAAAUCGAUUUUACCAGUUUAGGAAAAGCCCUGGAUCCAUAUGCUUUGGAAGUUUGUAAUUUCAGACUUGCUUUUUUCAAAGAGGACUAUAAUGAAGAUUUUAAGGGUCAUAUAGAACGUAGAUGUCCAAAAGCACUUGAAUCUGACUUUUAUUUGGUUUCAAUGGUUGAAGGGAAUAGUGACGAAGGGUUUAAAUUUUUCCAAGAGGGAAAUGAAGUUGCAACUGUUUCAUCAAAAGAACAAUACAGAGAAAAAAGAGACAUUGUUGUUAAUGAUAAUUCACCAUUCGUAUCACUUAUACCUGGAUUAUAUACAAUUUAUUACGAUUACUUGAAACGAAAAAGUCACGCACAGGAUAUCACAAGAAUUCCAAAAAUAUAUCAAUUACGUUGGAAUAGCUGGUAUUUGUACGAUUACAAUUAUGUUAUUGAAUCAAAAGUUUAUACCCAUUUUGCUAUAUCGGAUAUAAAUGAAUUGAAUACAACCAAUAAUAACAAUAUCUCGACAAAUGAUGAAAAUCCACUCACUAUCCGAGCUACUCUUAAUGCAGCUCAAUAUACAUCAGGAUAUUAUGAAGUCAAAGAAUUUUUUUAUAAACUAGGAUCCCAAGAUUAUUUUGAUACUUUAAUAACUGCGAAAGCAACUAUACAAAGUUUAUUACCUGGAAUCGUUGAAAUUUCUUUUAUUACUUCUGAUAAAGUUUUAGAUCCAUACGCUUUGGAAGCUUGUGAAUAUAAACUUAUUUACUUUGAAAACUUUGAAGGUCAAAUUGAACGUAGAUGUAAAAGAGCUUUUGAAGAUGAUUUUUAUAUGGUUUCACAAGUUAGCGGAAGUACAUAUCGGGGUUUACAAUUUACUCUUGGUGAAGAUAAAUCAAAAUUGUCUGCAUCGACUUCUGCAGUUGAUUAUUGGCCAAGUCUGCGAAGAAGGGAUGUAAUGGUCUAUGAUGAUACACCAUUUCCGUCUAUUAUUCCUGCUUUAUAUUCUGUUUAUUACGAUUAUGUGGCUAAAAAUAGAUAG